ACACAUUAUGACUCUAAGAUAUCCAUGUCAUCAUUUGAGCCACCAAUAGGCUACAAAAGCCAUUCAUGUGCCUUAUGGUGGUGAUUAUAUCUUGUCCCCACCUUUUUGUCUUCCGCUAUUACAGCACUUGUAGUUAUACCGAUAGAACGAGACAGACGAGACCAUUGUAUGUGACUUUAGGUUUGUAGCACACCCACACUGUAAACUCUGCCUGAAACUGCCUCAGAGGGGAGCGCUCUGUUACAUUCACACUUGGUUAUAACAAGGGUGAACAUAUAGCCUCCUGAUGGCCAGUAAAUCCCGGCUGACUCAUCCAGCGACAUUGAUGCUGCUCUUACUGUCCUGGAGGGAGAGCAUGCAUUGCAAUGGGCUUAAAGUGGAUCCCCCUGAGGACCUUGUGAUAUUAGACCCUGGUCAUCUUGGACAUCUGGAGAUUACAUGGAGCCCCCCUGCCAGCUUGAUUAAUAUGACAGAGUGCCCAAUACUGUACCAGCUGGAGUACUACAACACAUACAGGGACAGUUGGACUGCUAUCAGGUCAAAUAGGAGGACUUACAGUGCCCAGUUUGAUCUGAUGAAAGAUGUUACAGUGAGAGUGUACACCUUGCUGAGUGGUCCCUGCACCAACGGCACAAUGAUUAAGAGCACAACCUACGCUGAACUGGUCCAAAAACCUCCCAGCACAGGUGUUGUGGGUACCGCCGUUCAGGAUUUUGUCUGUGUGUACCAUAACAUGAAGUAUGUGGAGUGCAAAUGGAGAAGAAGCCCAAAGAUGCCGGCCAACUUACAGCAAAAUCUAUAUUUCUGGCACAAGAAGCUAGAACAGGCAGAGGAGUGCCCAAAAUACCUGAUUUUGAACGGCGCCAGGAGUGGCUGCGACUUCACAGAGAACUCUCUCCCUAAGUUCAUUGAUAUCAACUUCUGUGUUAAUGGCACCUCUCCUGAAGGGCCCCUGGAACCAUCAUUCAUCUCCCUGCAAAUCCAAAACCACGUGAAGCCUGACGCCACAGAGAAGUUGCAUCUGCAAACAGGUCCAGACGCGCAGCUGGAACUGCACUGGGAAGGCCCUGCUGGCAUUCUUUCCGGACAGUGCCUAGAAUGGGAGGUGGAGCACAGUCAAGAGGGACCAGAUGGGAAAAUGUCUUCGCAGCAGAUUUCAGCCAAACAGAUGAGCCUAACUCUGCCCUCUAUCCGUGACAAUGAGAGAAGCUGCGUCAGGGUGCGGUCAAGGUUGAAUAAGUAUUGUGCAGAUAAGAGCUUUUGGAGUGAAUGGAGCCGUCUGACCUGCCUGCCAGAAACGAGAGAAGUGGCAAAGAAAUCAGAACGGGACACGGUACCUGUCUAUGUCUAUAUUGCUGUUGCCAUUAUCGCCAUACUGGUGCUUUCCCUGUGUGUGGGGACAGUGCUCAAAGUGAAAAGAUCAAGACAACUGAAGAAGCCGGAUCUACUCACCACAUUGUUUGCCAGAAAUUGAGUACUUACAUUUGCGGAGGCCUACAAAGGCAAGAAAAUCUGCACCUGUAUCGCUCUCCAACAGCACCUCUGUCAGAUUUUUAAAAUCGUAACAUUCUACCUGUCUAAUUUUUCAGGGUCUCUGUUUGAAAAUCCCACAAUCAACUUAUAUUUUGAAACCACUGCUUAAGACAACACAUUGCUUAAGACAUGACAUAUUAGGCUUAAGGCUACAGAGGGUUAUUUACCAACAGGGUAACAUUUACAAACAGUAUUAUACUGCAGUAAUACAAUAUAUUGCAUUGCACUUGCUUUUUUUAAUUUACAUUGUUAUGCAAAUGAUGGAGUGUCCUGUUAACUAAAAAUGUUUUGGCGUAAAGUAUUACCCUUAACAAUGGUUUAUGGUUGUUUUUAUACCUUUGCUACAAUUCUUGCCAGCUUAUUGGAUUUUGAUUUUAUAUUUUGUUUUGUUAAAUUGUUUACUCUUUGCCACAACUCUUGCCAAAUAUUUAACAAAUAACAAAUACGUUAUUGUUGUCUAAAUUCAGUACACAAGGAUAAUACCUGUGAAAUGGUUUUGUGUUAAGUCUUUAUUACACACUUCCAGCCAAUGAAGUUUUUCAUCACCUACAGAAUGUAAAAUGCAACUGAGUGUUAAAAGAAAAUGGUUAAUAGAAAAUAAAUGAGUUAAAUCAAUUAAAUUAUAAUUCAACAUGACUGCAAUGUUUUCGUAGCUGUAAAACAUUAUGUUCAAAAUAUGCCAAAAAUGCCUUAAUUACAUCAAAUAUUUCCAAAUUUACCAAUUUUUCAAAUGUUGUCAUUCAUUUUUAAGAGCUAAAUGCAUCUGUAUCUGCAUCUGUAAUUUUAAGACAUACAGAUACCUGACCCUACAUUUCUGUUCUUAAUAACUAAGAAAUAACAGUAAUGAAGAUUUUAUAAACAACAGGUGCUGAAAUGCAGAAAAUGAAUGCAUCACAUGAAGGUUUCAUGUUAUCAUGUCCAUUGGGACUGUAUCAAGCUCUUACUAUAGUUCAUUUUGUUAAUGGGGUCGAUAAUUUCAGCCAUUGUAUUUCUAAGUGAGACUUUGAACCUUCACAUCCUUUAAUACUCUGAUUGUUGUACUGCCUUUUAUGGAAAGAUAAUGCAAGAUGGUGUUUCACAGAGUAUUAUGUUUAAUCAGAUUUUUUGAUGCAUUGUGAACUACUUCACCUCAGACUGUAAUAGGUGAUAUUUUAUAUGUGUUCAUGGGUUGUAGAAAGAAAUAACUAUCCACUGACUACAACAAAAAACUGUCGUAUUUU